UACCAAUUAGAGAGCGGUUUUUAUCUUUUCAAGUUGUAAUGGCAAUCUUAGCUUUGCCAAAACUAAAAUUCCUUGCCUUCAUGACUCUAAUUUUCAUGGCCAGAUUGUGCUGCUACACAGGAUAUGCUCAGGUUGUCCCCGGACAGAUGGUUGCUAAAGCAUUGUUGUGUUUGAAUAACAAGAUUAUUUAUUCAGGAUGUGACGAGGCAUAUAGAUUAACACAGAGUGGGAAUCUUAAUGUACCUCCUGAAGCAACUGAACUAUUCUGUAAUGGACCUUGCUUAGCUGAGACAAGAUUAGCGCUGAGUUGCAUUAAUGAUGUGAUAUCAGAUUUUCUUUUCUAUAAUAAGGCUACUGUAAGAGACAUAAAUUAUGCGCUGAGUGCUGGUUGCAGCUCCACUAGGCAAAGAGGUGACUUCAAUGUGGCAAGGUACAUCAAUGGUGAAACAAGUAGUGCAUCAAGCUUGCCCAACUUGAUUGGAUUCUAUGCCUUGGCUUUGUUUAUUUGGUGGUGGAUAUUGCUCUUGUAAUGUAACUCAUCAAAUUGCAAGAAUAUACUACAGGACUUAUAAACAUGCCAUCCAAGUUCUAAAAUGAGAGAAUUUAUGAAGGGAUUACAGUUAUUUAUGGAAUCUAUGUUUUGUGAAGUUGAUUUUACUUUCUAAAUUGUUAUAGAAUAUAUACUUGGCGUCAAGAUAUUUUGUUCAAAAGAUAAACCAACUUUUUUGUACUUCUUUUUUU